GCUCAAAGAUGUUUAAAAACUCAAGUAGCCGUUUUCCUUUGCCACGUCAGAUGGAUUCGACCGUUGAACAAAAAGACCCGUUGCGAAAAUCGGCUUGUUGAAGCUCCGCCACUUCGGAGACAAGGUGGGGAGAGAGAGAGAGAGAGAGGGAGGAGCGCAAAACCUUUGAAACCCUUUUUGGUUUUCUUCUCAUUCUGAAAAAAAAUGGUUGCGAGAACCCCACCAAAGCUGAAGAAGAUGGCAGCGCCUCUCAAUCCGGUCCUACUCAGGGAAACGGUGCAGAAGAUGGAUCGAUGCAUGGCUCGACUGCAAGAGCUUCAGUUCACAGUGACAGGUGGGACUAAGGUGAUCUCUGGGGUGAGUCUCAGCCCACGGAGUACCAGAGGUUACUUGAGAACUAGCCUCAGAUGCAAGCAAGAAUCAUUGAGGAUCAAAAGUGUCGCUCCCAAGAAAUCUCCAACAGCGAAGUUUCCAGCAAAUGCAGGAGAGGAAUGGCGCCGGAUGUCGCUGCCGGCGAUGCUCGUCGGAGAAACGGUCGGGGAAAUUCUGCAAGCGAGUCAAUUCGCAAGAGAAAUAGUGGCAUCGGCGAUCACAAGAUCCAAGAGAACUGCCUCCGACGAUCCAAAAACUCCGGUGACCCACUAUAGAAAACAGAGACCGAACCCAGAAAACACUGAACUUCGCUCUCGCCGGAGGAGGGAGAAACAAAUGACAUUACAGUCAAUCCGAUCAGAAGCAGACCCUCCAUCGCUAGUACGCGCUCGAUCCCGUAUCAAUUUCAAGCCACCUCCACCUCCUCCGAAGAGAAGAGAAAACGAGAAAGAAAACCAUGUAUUUCCGGCGAACAGAGUGUCCCCCAAACACCGGCCAUGGGCGAAGAAGACGAUUCUGUUUCCAAACCCAUUAUUCCAUUCCGCAGAUCCUUCAGCUCAGCCCAAGUUCAGUAAAACCAGGUCGCCGGUGAUCGGAAGAAAUCGGCAAACUCCGCACAAGUUCUUGGUGAAGUCCCCUGUUUCUCCUUCGAAAUUUCGAGUGAAGAUCAAAAGCCCACCACCCAUUUCGAUUUCUCCCACGAGAUCCACAAAUUUGGGCAGGAACUCUCCAAAGGUAUCGACUGCUUCGAAACUGCGCCGAUCAUUUUCACCGUCGAGGCUGGCAAAUCGACUGGUGUCUCCAUUGAGAAGCAGAAGAGGUGUGCAGAAGAGUGAUGGGGUGAUGAGUGGAAUGAAGCAGCGUCCAAUCUCUAUGCCAUUGCAAAUCUCAAAACAGAGAAUAUGAGAAGGAAGAGAGAGCCCUUGGGUUGGGAAGAUGAUCUGUCUGAAAAUUGGGAGUGCGGAUAUUGUGAUAUUUCCUCAAUGUCAAUAGCUGAUGAGUUUGUUUUUCCUGGAGUGCUGUAAUUUAUGCGUGUGUGAGUGUGUUUUUGUUCUUUUAUUGUUAUUUUUUUUGCCUCUGGUGUACAAGUUUGUAGGCAUUUCAACAAUAACAUAUGGAUUCUUUCGUGUACUAAGAUUUUUAAGUAUUAUGUUUUUGGGAAAA